CAAAAAGAAUUCUCGACGGUGCGUGGCGCGUCAUUUCAGCGCAAGAGGUUUUAAAACAAACACAAGAAACGAAGUGCACGAAGAAACUAUGCAUCGUGGUUGUGACGGGAACGUGUGCAGAUACGGAUCGCAGGUCGUUUGAGUUUCGGAGAAAACCGACUCGUGCAUAUAGCUGAAUUGCGUCGAAUGUCGCAAGUAAGUAUCGCGAAACAGGUGAAUGAAGGGACCGGGGAAAGUUGGCGUCGAGUCGUGUUUUGUUCGAUCGGACAGCGAAGAAGGGGAAAGUUCGGCGAAAGGAAAGCAUCGCGUGUAACAAGAACGAGAUGUUACGGUGAAGGAAAAUUUUCGAGAAUCGGCGAUAACGAGAAGGUUGAGGGUCGAGAUUGAAUUGGCGCGGUUGGACGAUAUUUAGCAUAGGCUGGCUAAACGAGAAUCAACGAGUGCGUGAAAGCGAUCGAGCGAGAAGAGUUCUCGUUGGAAGUGGACGUGAUGCGGCUGGUGCAGCAGGUGUUGGGCAGCGCGAUCCCACUGUUGGCCAACGUGGCGAUACUGCUCUACGUUUUUCAGCGCUUUCUAGCGGCGACGAGACUGCGACGGAAACUGGCGAGGGAGAUGAGAGACUUCGCGACGAUGGUGGACCGGGCACGCGACAAUCUGCGCUACAUCGGCGAACGAGUGACCAGAGGAAUGGACGAGAUCGAGCAGGACGUUGGAAAGGAGCUACGAGUCACUGGUCGACUGACGACGCAGAGCGCGAAACUGGCUGGAGUGCUGCGACGGUUCGCUGGCCUCGAGGAGACCGUGAUCGAGCUGGUACGUAUGGAUGGUAAUCGAGAGAACGCCAAUGUCGAGACACCGAUCGACGUGAGCACGGAGAUCGAGAAGGUGGUCGCCGCUGCCGAAAGAAGAAGCGUCGACGGUUUGCGAGAGAGGCGAAACGCGGCGCGAGAAAGGAACGAGCAGCAACGGGACGAAGAAGUGAAGGAGGAGGAGCCGACGACACGGAACCCUCUGUCGAAAUUCUCAACGUGCGGAGCUCGGGAAAUGGCGCGGAAAGUUCGAGUCGCCACAAUGCCGGAGGUUCGUCUUCUCGGUGAAUCGAGAUCGAGCAAAUAA